CAAACCCGGGUCAGGUCGUUCAAGUGUAUGAACGUUUGAGGUGGGAGUAAUCCAUGUGUAUGAAUGUGUAACUUGUAACUGGAAGAUGGCUAGGCUGCGGUAUAAGUAUCAUAUGAGUCAUUGCACAGGUGGUUUGAGGCUAAUUGAGUAAUUGAUGCCGUGAAUCAUAUGCGUCUGAUGGGCUUUCCUCACGAUUUGAUUUGCAAAUCAGUCAAAGAUCCUCUGAAAGACUGACACUGAAAGCGAUGUAAACGUAUGUUUCUGUAUUUUAAGCAUCGUCCAUUUGUACAACCCUAGAGCUCGUUCCAGCUCUGCUAUCCGUCUCUGUUUUUUUUUUUUUCUCAGUAAAACGCGAGAAAAUUGCGUUGCUCAUUCCUUGUACUGAUAGCAGCAGCGUUCAGUGCUAGUGUCUGAGAAUGCCGCCCAGAAGGAGGGCUAAAAAGGUGGGUCUCAAGCGAAUGGACGCAGCCGUUGAAAAUAUGCGUCUUUUAGGGUUUUCAGAUGAGUUGGUUCGCAGUACCAUUAAGCGACUGUUGGAGUCAAAUGGUUGUAACGUCGCGUUUGCCUGCUACUUGCCGCAAAAUGAAAGGAAACGAGAAGGGAAGAGAAACGGAACUUUGGAUGCUGUGCUUUUUAUUGUUUUGUUCACAAAUAUAGUAUUCAACCCGCCUCACCCAAAUGGUCUUUUUAGUUCUCAGACUCAGACUCAUUCCUGGAAGGUUUAUGAUGGAGAUGCUGGGUGGCUUUUCAUUGAAGAGGGUUCUUACAAGCUCCUAAUUGACACCAUUCUUGAUGAACAAGAGAAUGGUUUGUUGAAGGGUGAUUCAUCAGAAGGCAAGGCAAGAGAUGAUAAUGACACGUCAUCUGCUGCUAUGCCCUCGACUGGAGUUGAAGACGCAACAUCACAGACCAAUGAAAUAGGAAGUGAAGACUGUAAUCCACCAGCUGCAGAAGAAAGAACCAAUGAGAGAGACAUCAGUUUGGACCAAAACCCUCUUCACACUCCUCCACACUUGAUUAGCUCCUCAGCACCAAUAGAUAGUCUUCUAAUGCAAAGGCGCAGACGUUUCUGUGGGUGGAUCAGUGAUAAUGAGCCUAAUGAUAUUUGUACCAAGCAACUCAUACCAGCUACAAUGAUGCAAUUGGAAAAGCUGAUACGUGGUACGGAUACAAAUAGCAAAAGCAGGUGGGAUGAGAAGCCUGAAUGAAGACCUUUUUGGUUGUUCAGUAUCCUUUUUAUGUUUUCUUUCUUUAAGAGAAGAUGACUCUAUUAUGUUUUUUUGUAGCUUUUUUAGAUAAAUGUUAGUAUGGUUCCUAUGGAGAAAGGUGAAAAAAAAUAUUGAGGAUAGGAGGAAGGAAAAUAAUUUUUUUUAUUUUAUUUUUAUUCU